AUCCUACGAAAAAAAUAUCACUCACCGGAUCAGUCAACGCGUGGAACUCCUGUGAAUUUCAAACAUGGUCCAUCACUGAAUUGUAACUACGAGACAUAAAUGACUUCAUGAACAACUAUCGGGGAUUUAGUUGGUGUUUUAUAUGUGUAGGUGGGCUCUAGCUUUUCAUUUGUGGUAUGUUUCUGACAAACAUGUCAAAACUAUCUCAACUCGGUAUGCUAACGACCAAGACCCUUCAGAACUGUUAAUUCUGAGUCUCCAGAAAGAAGUUUACGAUCCCCGAGGUAUCAGAUUUAACCCUUAAUCAUCGAUCGGAUCAUCAUCGGAUCGGACCCCUCAUUUGAAGAUUUUUAUCAUGUUGAAUUACUAUGUCAGAAACCUCUCACCAAGGCGUCUACCAUUACUCACAACCUCACACGUGAGGCACUGUAGUACAUCAUCGAGUCAGGAUUUGGAUCAGAUCAGGACUCUGUUGAAGCUCUGUGUGGACAGGUACUAUGUUUCACCAGGUGAGGCUAACGUGGAGCUGUUUCAGCGCGGGAUGAGCUGCAGGUAUGGACCUCUGGGCAUGGAGCUGAAGAAGAACCUGCUGGAGCAGUGGUGGCACUCUGUGACCGGGAGCUUGGCUCAGGUGUUCGGGAUAAACACUCUGAGCAGCAGCAGCAGCAUGGACACAGAAACAGACAGAUCAGGACAACUGAAGCUUGUUGACUCGGAACAUUUAAGGCGGAUUCUGAAAAAGAAACACCUGAGCAAAGAGCUGCUCAUUCAGGAGAUACAGAUGGUUCUUCAGGGUUCCCCAUCUGUAAGAACAAACAUACUUCAAGGUAAAAUAAUGCAUACACAAAGUGCAUUUAUUAUAUUAAUGUUUUAAAGUAUUUGUCGCACAGAUGCAUGCUUCACAAUGGUUGUGAUAAAGUUAGGAAAGGAGAAGUAGUUCUCCAUGUGAAAGUUUGUGUCAUUAUGUAUAUCUGCAGAAUACAAGAGCAGUAAUAGCUAGUUAUAUGUCUUUGAUUUGGCUUUAUCACAGGUCAAGUUUGUUCAGUAUUAAAGGGAUAUUCCGGCUUAAAAUUAAUUUAGGGUCUAAACACCAUAACACAGAGUUAGACACCCCCUCGAGAGAUGAAUGUUGCUGACUGCUUGCUUCUCUCGUUAUACCAACUUUAGCUACGACUGCAGGAUAGCAAUACACUCCCUUUAAGUUGUUAUUAUUAUUGCUCUAUGAAGCUUUGCUCUAAACACCCUAUGAGGAAAUCAUGCACUCAGCUAUGGACUCAGAGUGACAAUGUCCCCCCCAAUCCACUUCUGAAUACAGCAACAACAAUAAUUCAGUCCAGUUUUUCCACAGGUGCCUUAGAGCAGCUUGUCCCCUCACUGGAGCUGGUGAACCGGAAGCUGCCUUUUGGCCUGGCUGAGACCGGUCAGUGUUUUCAGCCCUCGAAUGGCUCUGGUUGGUGAGGCUUCAUCUCCUGUCUGUCUGUGUGUGAUGAGGGUAGAUGCAUACUGUAGUUGAGAAAACUGAACAGCUGACGGCUUUAACUGAUAUUUUAGGGCAGUGAAAAAUGAAUUUUGUUGUGUGGUGUUCAUGAUUAGUUUGCAUGGUUAGUGCAAACUCUGACCCUACAGAACUAGUAAUCUCUACAACUCAAUAACUGCAAAUAAAUAGAGGUGAAACUUGUUGCCAUCAAACAAGUUUGGAAAAUAGUGUCAGGUAAGAUGUUCCUUACUGUAUUUGGUGAAGAAAUAAUUCUACCCGGUUAUAAAUUUCUAAAUAAGGUAAAAAAUUACAAGUCAACAAAGACUAAAAUAGCUAAGCUCUGCUGCCUUCACAGUAUCUGUAUUUUAUUUUUCCAGGACCAGAACUUGUUGUUAAAGGUCAUGCUGUAUUAAAUGAAAGAUGUAUUUUUUACUACUGUUAGCUACCACUGUUCAGCUUUUAUUAUAAUGUCAGUGCAUCUAUUUCUGCAUCCUUUUUUUUUCUUCCAGCCCCACUGAAGUCACUCAAACAUCUCUGGUGUGGUUUUGCUCUGCUCGUACCUCCUCCCAGUGGCUGGAUCACUGGACCAGACAGCGACUAAAAUGGUGGCGGAAAGUGAGUAAUAGAGUAAAUGUCACAAAAAUGAUGUUCAUAGCUGAGGUGAGAUCUCUCCAAAGGUUUUACCUGUGAUUGUCUGAGGUGGCAGAAUUGGCAAAAGUAGGCAAGAAGUUUUCUGUCCAUUCUGAAGUAUUAACAGUGCUGUUCAUUGCUUUCCCAUGUCCUUCCAGUUUGCCCUGUCUCCAUCAAAUUUCAGCAGCAGUGAUGUUCCUGUGGAGGAAAUGGACGAGGGGAUGUCUCGUGGUGUGAGGAUCAUCUACAGCUUCCCGUGGGGACAAGAGCCACUGGAGACACUGUGGAACCGAGGAGACAAUGAGCUGCUGCAGGUGCACAAAGGUGCAAAGUCCAAACUACAGGUCAGCCUGCAGACUUUUAGGUGUCUUUGUUUUUUUCUUGGUCCAGUCAAGGUGCCGUUUUAUAGGAGCCCCAUGCUGUGAAUCAAGGCCCCCACACUUGUAACUUUUAUCUACACUGAUGGAGAUAAAUAUAUACACAAACACACCAAUAUACAUAUUUACGACCUGAACUCAAAAAAAUAAAAACAUUUUGUAAAAUAUUUAAGUAACAGAACCGGCUCUUUGUGAACAGCUCAACACUUGGUAGUUUGGCAGUUCUUUUACAGCUGUUGGUAACUGUAUGCAUGGUAAUCUCAUGCAGCAUAAAUUGUCUUUCAGUGUCGAGAUGGUCGUAAGUCAAUUCCUCAUGUUGUCUCUGUAACUGCCAACAUGGACCGUGGAGUGAUGGCCUUUUUAUCCAACUCACUUCAGCAGCUCAAGAAAGGAGACAGUAAGCAGAAACUGCAGCAGAGAAUGGUGAGAGUCCAACUUUUCGCAUGCUCAAAAUUCUGAGUUUAUCCAUCACUGAGCUUUGGUUCACUGUAAAUUUCAGGUUCUGAAGUUACAUCCAGGGUUGGCUCCCAUCAAAGUGGCUCUAGACAUUGGCAGGGGGGCCACUGUGGAGCUGCGGCAGGUAAAAUCAAUUUGUUUAUUCUGACGGUCAUCGGUUGUUUGGUACAGCACCAGUCAAAAGUUUGAACACACUAUUUCAUUCAGUGGUGCAGAGGUAAAGUUAGUACACAGUCCUAGACAGUGAUAAGACUUAUUCAAUGUCUGUACCAAUUUAUGAUGUGGAAAGAACGAUUCAGCUAAAUAAAGAGAAACAACAGUCCAUCAUUGCACCCAUCAUCAGCAAAAAGCAUGAUAGCAAAAGGUGACUACUUUGAAGAAUCCAAAAUAUCAAACAUAUUCUGGUUUGUUUGCCCUUUUUUGUUAACAAAAUGAUUCCUUGUUUUCGGUCAUAGUUUUGACGUACAGCGUGAAAAUUUUAUAAAUAGAGGAAAACCAUUGAAUGAAAAUGUGUGCCCAAACUUUGGACUGGUUCUCUAUGAGUAUUUCAUUGUUCUGUAGAUUUGUGAGAAGUUGCUGCAGGAGUUUAUGGAGGCUAAAAUUUCCACAUGGCCCGGGUAUCUUGAAACUCUGCCAACAUCAGUGGAGCAGCUGAAUGCAAAGUAAGGGGCAGCUCAAUAUUGUAAUAGUUUUUUUGAGUUGUGUUUCUUUUGCUCUAGACUGAUGUGUAUUGUUGUUGUGUUAAUCCUUUUAAGGUAUGAUGAGAUGGGAGUGCUUUUCAGUGUGGUGGUAAGUGAGAACACUCUGGAGAGCGGCCUCCUUCAGGUCCGCAGCAGGGACACCACCAUCAAAGAGAUCAUGCACAUCUCAGAGGUCAAGAAGUUCCUCUCCAGAUAUAUUUCUGCUGCGGACAACAUAUGAGUAGAACCUUUGUUUGGACAACUCAAACGAUAGGAAACUGUGCUGCUUCAGUUUUCCAUCCCUCCAGCCAUGCAGACACAUCUACGGUGACUGAAAUUUCAAAAAGACUUUUAGCUGAGUGUGACCUUACAAGAAAAUGUGCCUGUUUUCAAUGUUAGGGUCUAUUUUCUGAAUUGUAGGUAAUUCUUACAGCGUGUUACAGCUCACAAUGCUAUUUUCAUGACUGGUUAAAAAUGAACAAUAUUUGUAAGCACUGACCUAAGAUGCAUGAAGAUUAUGUGUGUGUUCAGGACAUCUUAAAGUGUGUUAUUAUCAGUAUGUUCAUUUCAAUACUGAAGUAUUGUGAUAAAUGUUGAGAUAUUUCUGUUUUUUUCAAGUGAAUUAAAUGAAAUGUCUGAUAAACACAACAAUGAGCUGUCAGUAUUCACACAGUUAUGGUUAUGGAGUAAUUCUCGUGUGUUCUUGGAGGAAAUCUGGUGAAAUAAAGAUAAUUUAGUCACAAAAGUUUAA